AGUUUUUAUUUUAAUGGAAUUGCGUAAAGCGUGUAGCGUGUAAUGGACAUGUUCCAUUAAAAUGUGAAGAAGUAAUUAGAAAAGGACACCAACAUAAUGUUUCAAUCAUUUACAUAUCUCCCCCGCCACCCCACCGAAAGCGUGCAAGAAUCUCGAUUAAAUAACCAAUGGGAUUGAGGAAGAGCUGAAGAGCAAGUCAACGAUAUUAUUUUAUCGUGUAUGUGUGCGUGGUAUUUUUUGACGAGCGAGUUGCGUUUGAACGAGGCAUCAUCAAUGAACGAACCGCCGUGGUCGAGUCGAGUGAAUUAUCAAGUUACUGGCUGGACGUGAUAUUGUGACUAGCCCGAUACGCUUUUGUAAACGAAAAUCGUUUAAUCGAUAAGUAAUUUUGUUUCAUUAUAAUAAUCUAAACUUUCGAGUUUUGUGUUUAAGUCAAGCAGUGUGAACGAUUUUGUAACUAAUCGUCUGCUCCUAAUGCGGAAUACAAUAAUGGCAGUGUACUAGUGUAUUUUACUAUCUUAACAUUUUAGGAGCCAUUUACACAUGGCGAGAAGUCACGUAGACUUUUACUCGGAUUGAAAUGUUUUAUGUACUUUCAUAAAAGACUUAUUUUGAGAUCUACAUAAGCGUGGCUUUCACGUCGAUAGUGAAAAUGGAUAGCAAGAAUAUACAAAAAAAUGCCAUGCACAAAAGUGCAGAAUUUACUUUCACUCCACCUCCUGAAGCACCCGUGUUUGAACCGACGCCCGAAGAGUUUUUAGAUCCCCUCGGAUACAUAGCAAAAAUUCGUCCAGUUGCGGAGAGAACAGGCAUCUGCAAAAUAAAGCCUCCAUCACGCUGGCAGCCACCUUUUUCACUAGAUGUGGACAAAUUAAAAUUUGUUCCUAGGAUACAAAAAGUUAACGAGUUAGAAGCUAUAACACGCCUCAAACUAAUAUUCCUCGAGAAAAUUUUAAAGUUUUGGGAACUUCAAGGAUCUCCUUUAAAAAUUCCUAUGAUUGAAAACAAAUCAUUAGAUUUGUAUUGUCUAAAAUUUUGGGUCGAUGAAGAGGGCGGCUUUGAGGCAUGUAACAAUCCAAAAAAAUGGCGUAAAAUUGCUAACGCCAUGGGGUACAGUUUUCAUGCUAAUACAUUGGCAUUUUUAAAAAGCAAUUAUGAAAAAAUUUUGCUUCCUUAUGAAAUAUUUGAGAAAAGCAAAGCAGACAUAAUGAAAACUGUUAAAAAGACUGAACCCAAAAUUGAAAUAAAAGAAGAUGAAAUAGGUAAGCCUCAAAUAACAGAAGUACCAAUAGAAACAAUAACAAAAGUUAAAAUAGAGUAUGAUUUUAAGGAAGAGAAACCUCACACAAGUAUCAAAAAAACAAAGACAGGAUCUGAUAUUAAACAGGAUGUGGACAGCUCCAAGACUAAAUCAGAUAUUGAAAAAGCUACAUCAAACAGAGAACUCAGAAGGUUAGCUUGUUAUGGACCUGGACCAAAAAUGCCUGGGUUAAAUGAUGAAGAAUUUGAUAUUACAAAAUCUAGGAAGAGACCUCGUUAUGAUCUUGAUCCACUAGCAGUGUAUCAGUGUGCUAUUUGCCAGAAAGAUAAUAGAGAUGAUUUGCUUUUAAUUUGUAAUGGAUGUUCUGAUACCUAUCAUACAUUUUGUUUGAGGCCACCACUGAAUGCCGUGCCAGAUGGAGAUUGGCGUUGCCCUUGUUGUAUUGCUGAGGAAGUUCACAAGCCUGCAGAGGCAUUUGGGUUUGCCCAGGCAGAAAGAGAAUAUACUUUGCAACAGUUUGGGGAAAUGGCAGACAAAUUUAAAUCUGAUUACUUUGCCAUGUCUGGACAUCUAGUGCCAACAACAGUUGCGGAGAAAGAAUUUUGGAGAAUUAUUUCUUCAGUGGAAGAAGAUGUUACUGUAGAGUAUGGCGCAGAUUUACAUUCCAUGGACCAUGGGUCAGGAUUUCCUACAAAAUCAUCAAUUAAUCUUUAUCCUGGUGAUCAAGAAUAUGUGGAUUCGGGGUGGAAUCUAAAUAAUUUACCUGUUCUGGAUGGCUCUGUAUUAAGAUUUAUAAAUGCAGAUAUAUCUGGUAUGACUGUACCAUGGAUGUAUGUUGGAAUGUGCUUUUCUGCAUUUUGUUGGCAUAAUGAAGAUCAUUGGAGCUACUCUAUUAAUUAUUUGCAUUGGGGUGAGGCUAAAACAUGGUAUGGAGUGCCAGGCAGUGGUGCAGAGUUAUUGGAAACGGCCAUGAAGGCAGCAGCUCCUGAACUUUUUAAAUCACAACCUGAUUUGUUACACCAGCUAGUAACUAUUAUGAAUCCAAAUAUCUUAAUGGCUGCUGGUGUACCAAUUUAUAGAACUGAUCAACAUGCUGGAGAGUUUGUCGUCACUUUUCCCAGAGCAUAUCAUGCAGGCUUUAAUCAAGGAUAUAACUUUGCAGAAGCAGUCAAUUUUGCACCUCCUGACUGGCUUAAGAUUGGACGUGAGUGUAUCACACAUUACAAAAAUCUCAAGCGUUUCUGUGUCUUUUCUCAUGAUGAACUUAUUUGUAAAAUGGCCCUAGAGGGAGAUCGGCUAGACUUGGAAACAGCUUUGGAAACACAAAAAGAAUUAGUUAAGGCUACAGCAGAAGAAGGUUCACUGAGAGCUAAAAUGUUGAAAAAAGGUCUUACAAGAACACAUAGAACUGCAUUUGAGUUGUUAGGUGACGAUGAAAGGCUAUGUGAAGUGUGUAAAACAACAUGUUUCCUAUCUUCUAUAUCAUGCAUAGAUUGUAAGCAUAUGGUAUGUUUGCAACAUGCAGAUGAUUUAUGUAAAUGCCCUAUGGAGAAAAAGACAUUAAACUUCCGUUAUGAUAUGGAUGAAUUACAUAUAAUGUUGCAAACUAUAGAUUUUAGAGUCAAUAGUUUUGACAAGUGGAUGACUGAAACAAAGAACAUACUACUUCCUACUGCUCCUGACAUUGGCCGGUUACAGAAACUGAAGAUGUUAAUAGAUGAAGCCGAGGAACUUAAAAUACCAAAGUGUGCUUUAUUAGCACAACUAAAGGAUGAGUAUACAAAGGCAACAGAAAAUGUUGAACCAAUUGUCAUAGAACUAGAUGAUGAUUGAAUUAGAAGUUUUUAGUACAAACUUACUCCCUUGUUAAUUAAAAAUGUAAGCCGGAUUAAUUAUAUCCUAUGUCAUUAUCACACUAUUGAUCACAUUAAGGCAGCUUUAAAUAUAUAGUGGAUAGAUUAUUAUAUGAUUUAAAUAUCCUGAUAUUUGUUUUAUCUUUUUACUUUAUAACUAAAGCAACAUUUUCAAGCUUAUUAACAACUCAAUAUACUGUAUAUUUUAAAGCAUUGAAAAUGAAUGAUCAUUCUUAAUUUAUAUAGAGUAUUUCUAUGAAUAUAAUGUAUAUUUGAGACAUGUGAUUAGGGUGUUUAAUUAUUCUGUAAAUAUUACAAUCUUUUCAAUUUCUUGUCAUGUUUAAGUAGGCACAUCAUAUUAUAUUAGUGAUUUCCCACCGUAUCAUAAUAAAUAAGAUUGAAAUAUUUUUAAGUUAUCAACUGAUGGUUAUUUUCUUUUUGUACUAAUUAUUGAUAUUUUGAAAGAUAAAUAAUCAAUUUGUGGAGACUAUGGCAAUACACAAUGUUCAAGUUCAGUUUUGUUAAAAUAUCUAAAUUCUCA